AUGUCCAGAACAGUUACCGUGUUCCUGACAGUUCUGUGCUUUCUGUUGCUCAGACCCUCUGACUGUAGAGGCAGCAAGAUUCUGGUGAUGCCCGUUGAUGGCAGCCAUUGGAUCAACAUGAAAGUUAUCCUUGAAGAGCUUCACUCCAGGGGCCAUGAAAUCUCAGUUCUGCGCCAGGCUAAGAGCUGGUUUAUCUCCAGCAACUCCUCUAUGUACACCACUAUUAGCAUCCCAGUGAAAGAUGAAAGGAGGGAGAAGAACUUUUACAAUGAAUAUGCCCAGAGUGUCAUGGAUUGCCGCAGUUAUCCCACUUUUAUACACAUAUUGUGCCAACUGCGCUUGACAACAUCUAUUUUAGCAAAUGCACAAAACAAAAUAGGCAGAGCAGCUGCAAAUGUUUUAGACAACCAUGGGUUUGUGAAGAAAUUACAAGAUUCUAAGUUUGACUUAAUGUUGACGGACCCGUCUAACUCUUUAGGAGUUAUUCUGGGUAGGUACCUCAAGCUACCAAUAGUUUUUAAUGUGCGCUUGAUCAAUGGAAAAGCUCAGUUUAUUGUUGCUCCUUCACCUGUCUCUUAUGUACCUGUUCCAGGAAGUGAACUUGAUGAUAACAUGGAUUUCGUACAGAGGACAAAGAAUAUGUUGUACUAUCUCUACAGUGUUUAUGAGCAAUACUUUUUGAUUAACCCUGCUUACUCAGAUGUGUUUGAGCGUCACUUCCCUCCUGGGACUGACUUGUUGUCUUUGCAGCUUUCAGCUGAUAUCUGGUUGUUCAGGACAGAUUUUGUCUUUGACUUCCCUCGGCCCACCAUGCCCAAUGUGGUCUACAUUGGAGGGUUCCAGUGCAAACAGGCCAAACCCCUCACUGCAGAGUUGGAGGCAUUCAUGCAGAGUUCUGGGGAACACGGGGUGGUCGUCAUGUCUCUGGGGACACUGGUGUCAGCUCUACCCCCUGAGGUCACCGAGGCUAUCGCUGCUGCUUUUGGUCAGCUCCCUCAAAAGGUCAUUUGGAAGUUUGAAGGUGAAAAGCCUUCUUCUCUGGGCAACAACACCUUGCUGGUGAACUGGCUGCCCCAGAAAGACCUCCUGGGACACCCCAAGACCCGUGUCUUUGUAACCCAUGGAGGAACAAAUGCCAUAUAUGAAACCAUCUACCACGGUGUUCCUGUUCUGGGUAUGCCCCUCUUUUUCGACCAGUUUGACAACUUACUAAGACUGAAGGUCCGUGGUGCAGCUCAGAUGGUGGAGGUCCGAUCACUGACCAAAGAGAACUUCCUGGAAGCAUUAAAGGAUCUCAUAGAGAAUCCCUCUUACCGCAAGAACAUCCAGCACCUCUCUCUGCUUUACCGAGAUCGUCCAAUCUCUCCCUUGGAUGAAGCCAUCUUCUGGAUCGAGUAUGUCAUCAGGAACAAAGGAGCUGCCCACCUGAAGUCUGCAGGUUUCAGCCUACCUUGGUAUACCUACUUCUGUCUGGAUGUGGCCGCUUUAUUUAUGGUCGUAACUGGAACCUUCAUCUGGGGUUUAGUUCUGGUCUGUAGGCGUCUCUGCUGCCGGUUCAAGAAGAAGAUGAAAGCAGAAUAAAUGAUUAAAAGCUAAUUGUUAAAUGUUAAGGAAAUGUUCAAUCGU